AUGAGUUCCGUGGCUUCUUCCCGAUCAGUGGUGCUUAUCUGGCUGCUGGUGGCAUUGGUGUGCGAGCACGUUUCUUCCGCCAAACUCGUUCUCUGGAGGGACGGUGAAGAGAGGUAUCGGACCCUCGUUGGUGUGGUUGGCCAUGAGGGUAGCUGCGAGCCGAGCUGCGUGGAGAAGCGCGAUGUUGUGGUUCCUCCCAACGUGUUCUACAAGGUGAAAGUUGAGGUGGCGCAAGUGGACAUGCAUUCCAAAGAUGAGCAUGUCAACGUGAAGGUAGGAGGACAGAGUGUGACCUGCAGCCCGAAAGUCGCUUCCGACUACAACUGCUCUUUGAUAGAGUGUGGAAACAUCAAUUUUGGCCGUGUUGUCGAUUCUGAAGUCCGUGUUGAGGUGCAGGCAUUCCGCACCCGUGACACUUGCAAGUGCGCGGUCAGCACGCGGGGUGAUGUGGACUGCUACAGUGAACUUCUCUCGGGACUUGAUGCGAAGUAUGGCGCCCUUGUGCGCAUGACUUUCGAGCCACAGGCCAGCGCUUCUUGGGUGACGGGAGAUUGGGGAAGGUGCGAUCAAGCGGACUGUGUUACACCAGCUGCAACGACCAAUCGAUCUGUGCGAUGCAGGGUUUUUGAUCCAGACGAUGUGGGUGAUGGUGGCGAGCGUUGCGCAGAGCCAGCUCCUGAUUCCGUACGGUCGUGUCAGGAGGCUCCCGAGUGCAUUCCGCCGGAAGCUUGUGAUGACUGCUUUUCAAUUGCACACUUAAUUCUGGAUCGACAAGAUGCCGAAAUGAAUUGGAGUGCCAUUGUGAUGUACUCCAAUUCUGACUCGGUCUUCGUGGACGACACUGGGCGGCCACUGCAACUCAGGCUUCGCCGCGGGGAAGCGGAGGUAAGCUGCAGCGCCACCUUCAGUGUACUUCCCGCAGACUUGGCGUUGUCGAUGGCUUGUGUUUCACUGGUCAGUUGCAGCACAGGCAAAUAUGUGGUGCGGAGGUUCUCUGAGCAUUUCCGAAGCUUCCAGGACCUGAUGCUGUCCCAGGAUGAUGGCACUUUUCAGUUUCGCAUGCAAGCGACUUUCCACUUGAAGCGGGUGGCGGCGGCAGGGUAUGUGCUGGCGGAUCCUUACCAUGGAGGCGAACAGAGCCCAGCCUUCGGUGUGGCACAGGGUGUGCCCACUUUGGUUUCAUUGGAUCAGGCCCAGCAGGGCAGUCAAAGCUGCUCCUUGGAUCUCAUGCUGCUGGGUACAACCGAAGAGAUGUGCCGUGCCUCAACGACGCACCUCACGUGUCCAGAUGCAUCAGAAGGGGUAUUCGGUCGAUGCUGUGUGCCUGGCAGCUGUCCCGACGAUGCAAUUCCGCCACCGUCUCCCUGCACCACAACAGAAGAAUCACCCGGCUUGGCCCUGGUGAUGGCCGGUUUCUGUGAAGAUGUUCGGUGUUCCCCGAUAGAGGGUCGAGAGGAGUGUGAGCGAGCUGCAGCUGCUAUGGGCUUCACUGGCAGUGGUGGUUCGGCUGCAUCUGCACAAUUGCGUCUCUCCGACAAUCUUCCCCUAUUUUGCUCUUGGGAAUUUGCGACGGCUGACAAUGGCUUCCCCGUCCUGUGGCUGAACAAAAUCCUUGGGCGAGGUGCCGAAGCUACGGAGCGGAUUCCGCAGCUGUGCCGUUGCGGUGAGCCUCGGCCGAGCCGGAUUUACACAUGGUCGCAAGGCGAUUGGAGCGCCUGCAGCAGAUCUUGUGGACAGCAGAUGAGAUACCGUCGUGUGGUGUGCCACGAGCUGAUUGGGAUUGCCCUGCAUGCAGACGGUGCCGACUUCUCAGGCUGUGCCGGAACCAAUCGUUUGCUGAUGACCUCGGAGGUGCACGAGGGCGCGUGGCUGGUUGAGCCUAGCAAUGGCACGGCAGGGCCGCACUGCGUUGCUAUGAAUGCCUCUUCUGUGGCGGCGGUGGCCAGUUCCAUUGUUCCAAAGCUUAUUGGGAUGCCAAUCGACGUGGAUGUUGCCAUGGAUCCAGAAGUAGCUUGGGAAUUGUGCCGCGUGAUGUGCGCGCGACUGGGGAACUGUGUUGGAUUCACCUUUUUCACACAUGUCCGGGGUGAUCCCAACAGCGCUCAGUGUUGCUUUUUGCGGCGUGCAUCUCGCUGGCAGCCCAACUUCCGGAGAGCUACUUGCCAUCUGGCGCAAGGAUCGCCGACACGGAAUGGUUGCUACUGCCAGGUGGGUUGGGAAAUGGACCCAGGUGACGACAGCAUGGUUUGCGACGGGCAGAGGCGAGGCUGUUGCACAACGCCAGACAGUGGAGCUAGAUCCUGGUGUCCAACGACGUCACCAAGCUGUGGUACGCAGCGCAUUCACCAGAAACACUCAGAUGUCUGUGAUCUUGCUGGUGUGGCAGCAGUUUCAGACCAGACUUGUCGCUCGCAUCAGCAACUCGCUGGUCGAAACUGUGCAUCUGCAAGAGGCAUAUCUGAAUGCAAUCAAAUCGCGACGGUGCUCGGACUGCCAGACACCACUCCGUCCCUAACGCUUCGCAUGGACAUGCCCUCGGGUUGCGUGUGGCAGAAAUCCACAUCCCAGCUUUGGCUGAACCAGCUGGUCGAUGCAGUCAAUGCAUCAGAUCCAAGCCACAAAGUGUCCAUGAUGGCUUCGCAGGAAAUGGCUGAACUUUGCUCUUGCCCACCAUCUGAAGAGCUACGAUGGGAGGUCGAGGAAUGGGGUCCAUGCCAUACGGUCCACCACGGAGACUGCUACGGAGCGAGACACAGGGAACGAUCAGUUUUCUGCGUCCGGGCCAAUGUGCACGAGACUUCCCGCCGUGAGGUUGUUGCAAACUCACUGUGCCUGCGUGCUCGUCCAGAUGCGCGAGAAGAGUGCAAUGACUGUGGCCGCCGAGUGCUGAAGGCAACAGCCGAGUUCAACCUGGACCAUCCAGUACCUGGCCUUCAGGAGCCAGCCUUCGAACGCGACUGCCAUGAGCAGCUGGCUGAUGCUGCCGGCCUCGCUACUUCCAGGAUGAGCAUUGGAAAAGUCGAGUGCUGCAAUACAGCGUCAUUGCGAGCAGAGCUGCUGGUGUCGGAUGGCUUGGGCGACUCGAGUGGAACCGCCGCUCUGGACCAUCUGAUCCACAUCUCACGCUCUGCAGCAGCUCGCAACGAGGUCUCGUGGACGACAGGCUUUGGCACGUUGAUGCAGUUCUUCUCCCUGCAAAUACUCGGAAGCUUCGCGUGGGAUAUCAGUGAUGCAUGGGGCCCGUGCAGCCAGAAGUGUGGUGGUGGUGUCCAGUCGCGAGAUGUUUGGUGCUCAUGGACCGACUUCGAGAUGGAGAAGAGGGUAGUGGAAGACUUGAAUUGUGACGCGGCAUCGCGGCCGGCGCAGCAGCGAGCCUGUGGGGAGCGAGCAUGCCAGAGCUGCCCUCCCUUCCACAUGGGCCCUCAGUACGUCGUGUCGGGAGGAAAGCAGGAGAUGGCACACGCCAAUAAAGUCUACGUCACCUGCGCGGCGGGCUAUGGAACCGUCGAUGAUGUGAGGCUUGUCGAGUCCGAGUGCCAGGAUGGCCAGUGGUCACCAUUGGCGGUGUCAUGUGGUCGCAGCUGCCCUGCCUUCGUGGCAGCAUCCUGGAAGUAUGAAGUCCAUGGUACCGGAUUUCAGCAUGGAUCUACACGGCAGAUCACGUGCAAACGCAGCGAGAGUGACGAUAUGGAUUCUGUGGAAGAACCAUCUUCCGCAUCGGUCAUCUGCCAGGACGGGGCAUGGACCACUCCGUGGUUGGUGUGCACCGGAGAUUGCGUGACUCCAGAGCUCACCAGCGCAUAUGCGGUCAAUGGCAGCAGCGAGGGUGACAACAUUGCCCAGAAGGGUUCAGUGUGGCAUAUCAGCUGUGCGGCAGGAUAUGCAUCGGGCCAAGCACAGCAUCCGGUGCAACUACAAUGCGCAGAAGGAAGCUGGAGCGGACUCGAAGACAUUCCAGACUGCAAAGCAGACUGCCCUCGCUACAAGCUGUCCGAGGGCUACGAGGUGGUCGGUGAAGCAGAUGCCCAGUAUGUUGCAGCAUCGAUCCUGGAGGAGACGGAGACAUUGAGCAGCUUUGCACUGGAUGAUGUCCGGCGCAUGCAGAGCAACAUCACGGGGGUGCCACACAGUACAUAUAUUGGCAUCCGCUGCGUGGACGGCUACGGUCGCGUCCCGGGAGCUGUGGAACGGGUCGAGUGCAAUGAUGGACAGUGGAGUCCUUUGUCCUUGUACUGUGCAAAGGAUUGCAAGCCGUUCAAUGCCACAGUUCUUGAGCAAUCGCGCUUCCGGGUGAUCCGGGACAUGUCUCAACCGAAUGGUGAGUCUUUGGAGCCCUCUGCUCCAGCGACUGCUGCAGACGCCCCGCAUGGAAGCAAGGUGAUCAUUGGUUGCAAGCUGGAACAUGGGGAAGGCGAAGAUAGUGAGCGAGCGAUGAAGCGCGGCGCUGUCACCUGUGCGAACGGCCGCUGGAUUCCCUCUGAUCUGCGCUGCUUCAGCGACUGUCAGGCCUUCGUCCCAGGGCCGGAGUAUUCUGUUUUGACACCUGGAGCCCUGGCGUCGCAGAGAAAUCGCAGCGUUCCUCACGGAACGCAAUUGCUGGCAACCUGUGCGAGAGGCUUCUCGGCUUUGCCGCCCAUUGGAUUCAACAGAUCUGCUGCCAGCUUGCGAGGUGUGUCCGCCCUGAUCGAAGAAUCUGAAUGUGUCGACGGGACAUGGACAUCGUUGAUGUUGCGCUGUUUUCCAGACUGCCCGUCCUGGCCGAUGCACCAGCACUUGAUCGUCGACAGUGGUGGAGGCUUACGAGUUGGCUCGAUCUUGCGGCUAGCUUGUGCGCGCCGCCUUUCGUCUGCAGACAUGCUCUUGCUGCUCCCAAUGUAA